ACGCUGCAACAUGUCAAGUCAAUUCACGUGUGAUGUUUGUCGCGAAAUAAUAAAAGUUAAUUCGUCUAGUAUUCUAUGUACUGAAUGUAAUAAAUGGAUCCAUGCAAAGUGCACCGGUCUGGAGUGCAAAGAAUUUAAGAAUGUUGCAUUGGAGGUCAAGAAAAGAAGACUUAAGUGGAAAUGCACCGCCUGCAUAAGUGAGGUUACUGUCUACGUAUCGAAUGACAUGUCUGAAGCUGACUGUGAUGAGUCUGCCGCCAAAACUAUUGAAGGCAUAUUUGAAAAAUACUUCGUCCCGUUCAAAAAUGACAUCGAAAACAGCUUAGCAGAUAUUAGGGCUGAGUUAAAGAAAAUUAACAAACAAAACGAAACCAUCACGAAACAGUACUCCGAAGUAGAGAAACGCGUUAGCGUACUCGAAAAAACCAUAAAUAACAUUGACUCCCGCCCAGCUAUUCCUGAUAACAUCAUAGCGGAAAUAAACAACCGUAGGAAGAGGGAGAAAAACGUGGUAGCACUCAACUUGCCGGAGUCCACGAAAACUGAUGGCGUCGAAAGGCUUAGAGAUGACCGUGAGCAGUUAGCUGCUGCCCUUCCACAGGAAUUGACCGAAACUCUGUCAACACUGAAACUUCGUAGGCUCGGCCGUCCGUCAGGUAGUAGACCCCGACCGCUGCUAAUAGAAACACCCUCUGAGGCGGUUGCUAAAUCAUUAUGGAGAGCAAAUUCCAAUAUGUCUAAUAUUAAAUUCAAACCUGACCUAACACUAGCUCAACGAGAUCAUCUAACUGCGUUACGCAACGAGCUCAGUGUAUCAGACCAGAAGGACAGUAAGACGAUUAAAUACAUUGAUGGCAUCCCAAGGUUGGUGGACAAACCGAAGCCGCACACGCGCAAGCGAGCAGACAGAGCGCCAAAAAACUAAUAAUUUACUAUCAGAAUACAAGGGGGUUGCGGACAAAGCUUAAGGAUUUCUUAACCUCCACCGCAAGCCUCGAAGCAGAUGUUAUAUGUGUGAGCGAGUCGUGGUUGCACUCGUCUAUCUCGGACGGCGAAGUUAUCAAUGGUACAUAUGCUAUAUUUAGAAAGGAUAGGGAUCAACUAACAAGCAGCUACGACCGUGGUGGAGGUGUAUUCGUAGCAGUCAAGAGGGGUAUCCGUGCUGAACUAGUAGCAACAGACCACGAUCACAUAGAGCAAGUGCUAGUAAAAAUCAGGGGUCUAAAAUGUGACCUAAUCAUAGGAUGUGUAUAUAUCCCACCUUAUUCACAACCGGAGACGUACAAAGCCCACUUGGAAAUAGUGUCUUGUAUCAAUGCAACGAACGCGAAUUGUAAACUACUAAUCAUUGGCGAUUAUAACUUUCCUAGUAGCUCGCGCCCUGAAAAUUGUGAAAUUCUCACCCACACAGAAUAUAUUCUUAGUGGAUGUCAACAAGCAAAC